UUUUAAAUAACAUUUCUACUUUGAUAUAACCUUCACAUUAAAAAUAUUUCAAAUAAACUUUUUCUACAAAACAUUCUCCAUUUUAAUGAACGCAACACUGUAAGGAGACAGUUGCUAAGCGGAGAAGAUGGCACAAUUAACUGAACAGCGUCAGGCACCUUUGACUUUUAGAGAUGAAUUUAAAUUAGUGCAUCUUCGACUUCAUCAUCAUGCACCAGAAGAUUUCUUCAGAUCUCAAUGGCAAUCGGAACUGAAGUCGUGCGCUUUUUUAAUAUACCGAUGGAUAUUGGCUAUAUUCUUUGGAACUGGAUUGUGCUCUUAUCUCAUCAUAUUUUUCUCGCGGGGAACUGUCUUUAUUUACUUAACAAAUUGGGGCUUUAUAUUAUGCAGUGUUACCAGCAUUAGUGGUGCCAUUUUCGUUUCCAUCUAUCAUGCAAGUACUGAAAGUAUUGUUAAUCGGCGUUGCAUGUUAAAGUGCUACUGGGCAUGUUAUUGGAUAAACUUAAUUUUUACGCACAUAAUUUCUAUUAUUUACUGGACCUGCAUUUUUCCUAAGAAGCAACCGCAAAAUCUUAUUAGUGGAAUUUACAACGUGUGGACCCAUGGCUUGCCUCCGGUUUUCUUCACUCUGGAUCACUUACUGGUAGCGCAUCCUGCACGACUGCUGCACUUUAUAUAUCCAUUUGGCUUGGCUUUGCUCUAUGUGAUAUUCACUUAUGUUUAUUAUGUGCUUGGUGGAUUAGAUCGAUUGGGAAGAAGUUACAUUUACGAAAUGUUAAACCACGGAAAUCCUUUGCAGACAUUGAAAACUAUUGUAAUGGUUGCAGUUCUUCUAGUGUGCUGUUCAACGCUACAGUAUGGAGUGUAUCGAUUGAGAGUAUGUAUAGCAAGCAAGCUUGGAAAAUUACUGUAGUUCAACCAUAUUUGUCUUUUUCGUAUACUCAUAAUUAUUUCGUCGUAAUAAAAAUAGGUGUUCACAA